AUGACCCAGUUUUGUCAAAAUCAGAUGACUAAACUUACUAUCAAACCGAACGAAAAACCAACAGCUCAAGUAGUGAAAGGGAAAACAAAACGUAAAACAAAAGAAUCUGGUGAUAGUUGCUGUUCUGCUUUUAUACAAUUUGCAAUCGCUGUAGCUAUAAUAUUUGGAUGUACUGCUACGUACUUGUACCGGUCUAAAGUUCUUCCGGUGUAUUCAACCAAAGAAAGGGGAGUCGACAAGUUUUCAAUUGGUGAUAUUUCCAGUGUGUUGUGUCAACAAUACGAAGUCAAUGUUGGUCGAAAUGCUGAUAUAUUUCUUGUAGAUGGUGAAGCUAAAAUCAGCUCUGACAAAAGAGAAGUUCUUGUAAAUUUAAUCUAACUUACGCCUCCAAUCACAAUAUUAUUGCCAUGAUUCACAGUAAACCAAAUUUUCAUAAUUUAUUGACAUUUGUAUCUCAGAAGUGUAUAUUAAGAAAUAUGUUUUGGGGUGGUAUAUUUGGUAUUCUACCCAUUGCCCUCCUUCUGUUUUGUGGAUCAUGCUUUUGUUUCUGUGCUGCCUUUGAAAAAAGUGCGGCUAGAGAAAAUAGAAAAAAGCAAAUCAAACAAGCCAUUGUGAAUGAUGAAGAACAUGUGGUAAAGAUGAAUCCUCCAAGCUACAACGAGUCAGAUACAGAUCCUUUACCUUCUUAUGAUUCCU